GAGAAACUUGACCAAGCUGUCCCUGCUCUUCAGUCACAUGCUCUGUGAGCUAAGGGCCAUGUUUCCCGAGGGAAGCUUUCAAGGCGACACCUUUAGGCUGACUAAGACAGAGGCCGGAGAGUUCUGGAGGCGAGCAUUUGGAAACAAGUGUAUUGUGCAGUGGAGCAGUUUUAAGCAGCAUCUCCUUUGGGUCCAUGACUUUGAAGAGGGGAUGGAGUCCAUGGCUCUAAAGUCAACUAUAGAUCUCACCUGUAACAACCACAUCUCAGUGUUCGAGUUUGACAUCUUCACCAGGCUAUUCCAGCCCUGGAGGUCUCUUCUGAGGAACUGGAACCAGUUGGCAGUGACCCAUCCCGGGUACAUGGCCUUCCUCACCUACGACCAGGUCAAAGCCCGCCUCCAAAACUACCUGCACCAGCCCGGGAGCUACGUCUUCCGUCUGAGCUGCACUCGGAUGGGCCAGUGGGCCAUUGGUCAUGUGACUGGUGAUGGCGACAUCGUACAGACGAUCCCCCAGAAUACACCUCUCUACCAGGCCCUCAUCCAGGGCUUCAGGGAGGGCUGCUAUCUUUACCCUGACGGACGUGAUGUGAACCCAGACCUCACCAGUCUGUGUGAACCAGCACAGAGAAGCAGGGUCAAAGUCACAGAGGACGAGUAUGAGAUGUACUGUGAGAUGGGUAGUACCUUCCAGCUGUGUAAGAUCUGUACAGAGAGAGACAAGGACACACGCAUCCAGCCCUGCGGACACCUGCUGUGCCAACCCUGCCUCACGGGAUGGCAGAAGUCGGAUGGACACACCUGCCCUUACUGUCGCUGUGACAUCAGAGGGACAGAGUCAAUCCUGGUGGAGCCUUACCUGUCUGUCAGCGAGGAAGAGGAAGAGGAAGAUGACCUGGAGGAUGUACAGCUAGUCAUGAAAAACCUGGCCUAUAUGAAGAGGAUGUCGUCUGAAGAAUACCAGUUCCCCAGCUCUCGCCUUGUUCCACCCCUCCCUCCCAAACAGAGCACCUCCUCCCACUGCCCUUCCCCACAAGCCCCCUUACGGCCCUCUGUGCCCGAUAUACUGGCCAAAUACUCCCACUCUAACUCGCGUUCUGCUCACAGUGACACCCCCUCAGACAGAGCGCUCACACACCACACUGCCAGCACUAACAGUGAGGAUUCUGUCUCAGAGCCAAACCUCCACUCCUGUUGUGUCUCCUCCCAGUCCCGUGGAGAGGGUGGAGCAGCCUGGUUAGGGGCCUCAGAUUCAGUGAAACAGAAGAGACAAAGAAAGGAGUGAACGGACGUCAGAGUUCGGGUGCAGCCAGAGAGAGCGGGAGAGAACCAUGUCCUCCUGACUCUGGGAGAAAAGAUAAGCACAACAUCUCUGACUGACUCAAGAAUGGAUGGAUAAUAGCAAUAAGAAAGGUCCAUUUCCACUGUUCCUGAAAAACAGCCAUUGUUAAUCUUCUGUACCUUAUGUAUACAGUGGGGCAAAAAAGUAUUUAGUCAGCCACCAAUUGUGCAAGU